AUGUCUUGCUGCUGUGCUCCCCGCUGCUGCUGCAGUGUCCCCACCGGCCCGGCCACCACCAUCUGCUCCUCCGACAAGUGCUGCCGCUGCGGCGUCUGCCUGCCCAGCACCUGCCCUCACACCACCUGGCUGCUGGGGCCCACCUGCUGUGAUAACACCCCCCCUCCCUGCCACAUUCCUCAGCCCUGUGUGCCCAGCUACUUCCUGCUCAACUCCUCCCAGCCCACCCCAGGCCUGGAGACCCUGAACCUCACCACCUAUGUCCAGCCCUGCCCUGGUGACCCCUGCACGCCCAGCUGCUGCUGCUAGGUGGCCGCCCGGAUGCUGCCUGACAAUG